AUGAUAAAAAAAGACUUUCAUGAAUCUUUAUUAAUCAACCCUAAAUUGUCUUUUGUAGAGUUAGUGAGGGAGGAUUACCAACUACAUCAGUAUUUGCCUCAAAGUGUUAUUGGUAUCUAUAAAAGUCAUCAAGGUCAGGAUACAAAGUCAAAUAUGUCAUCAAAUCAAGGGCAAUUAGAUGACCUUGAUCUAGACCAGCAGUCGCAACAUGAUGCAUCCAAAGUCAAGGACAAUUCAGUAAAAAGCAUGGACAAAGACAGAAAUGACCCGAACAAUGUGCACUACAGGGAGAAACCAAACAUUGAUCAGCCACCUGUACAAGAACAAAUGUCCAACCACAGUGAAGGGGACCCAUCAGAGCAUCAUCUAAGCUAUCGUAUCGAAAGACCCCUGUACUCGCAAGAAGAAUUCAAAAACUACCACAAGGAGAAUGACAUGGAGUAUGUACCGUACAAACAGAGAAUUAAACAGAAGAUCAAGAAAUGUCAGUGCAAUCUUGUUUGUACUAGAGGCUGCAUGUUGUCCACAUUUCCUAUCUCCAAGUGGUUAUCAGAAUAUAAAGUUCGAGAUCAACUGGUAGGAGAUUUGGUAUCCGGGGCAACGGUCUGUGUUAUGAAUAUACCACAAGGUAUGGCAUAUGCUAUGUUGGCAUCACUGCCUCCAGUGUACGGUCUAUACAUGAGUUUUUUUGCACCUAUAGUAUAUGGUGUUACUGGUACAUGUAAAGAAUUAGCAAUGGGUACAUUCGCUGUUAGCAGUAUAAUGGUAAGUGCAGCGAUUGAAAGUGUGGUACCCCUAUAUCCUGACGGUAGCGAUGACCUGCUGAAUAACUAUAUGGAUAACAAUACUAGAAACACAACAUCUGUAUCACCACUGGAAUGGAACAGGCAGCAGGAAUUAGUAGAUGCUGCUGUCGUGUUGGCACUCCUGGUUGGAAUAAUACAGUUAUGUAUGGGUAUUGUGCACCUUGGUUGGAUUACCAUAUACCUAUCCAACCCAUUUAUUAGAGGAUAUACUACGGGUGCUGCCGUCUAUGUGUUAACCAGUCAAAUAGAUGAUAUGCUAGGGAUAAGUGUGGGACGUUAUACCGGUGCUUUUAAAAUAGUCUAUGUGUAUCGAGACAUUUUUACAAGUUUACAUGAGUGUAAUUAUGUGACUGUAUUGCUCUCAGUUAGUUGUAUUGUGGUUUUAGUUGUUAUUAAAGAAGUGGAAUUCAGGUGUAAGAAACGACUACAUGGGUACCCACUCGGGUCUGAGUUAAUAGUGGUGAUAGUUGGUACCUUAUCAAGCUACUUUCUAAAUUUGGAAGAGAAUCAUGAUGUUGAUGUUAUUGGUGAUGGUGAUAUACCUGCAGGAUUACCUCCACCAAGAUUUCCACCAACGACAUAUCUCACAUCCUUGAUUGGUGCUGCUUUCCCCAUUGCUUUAGUAUCAUUUUCAAUUUCUGUUGCCUUGGCAUCAUUAUUUUCUCAAAAAAAGAACUAUAAGAUAGAUGCAAAUCAGGAGUUGAUAGCUUACGGAAGUACUAAUGUGAUAUGUUCCAUGUUUUCAUGCUAUGCAUCAAGUGGUUCUAUGGGGCGUAGUUUAGUUCAAGAAAGUACUGGUGGAACAUCUCAGAUUGCUGGAUUUGUGAACAGUGCCUUAAUGUUGAUUGUCCUACUAUGGAUUGGACCAUUGUUCGAGACUCUUCCAACGGCAGUACUCUCUGCUAUUGUACUUGUUGCUUUAAAAGGAAUCUUCAAGCAGGUUCUUGAUCUUCCAAAACUCUUCAAGUAUGAUAUGAUAGACUUUCAUGUGUGGUGGGUAAGCUGUGUAGCCGUGGUACUGUUCAAUGUAGACCAAGGUCUGUUAAUUGGUGUGGGAUUUUCAAUAUUUGUACAUGUCUGGAGAACACAGGAACCAUAUUGUACAUUACUGGGGAGAAUACCAGGAACAGAUCUUUACAAAGAUAUUAAGUGGUAUUCCAGUGCAAUAGAAACACCUGGUAUCAAGAUUUUCCGCAUGCAGGCAUCGUUGUACUAUGCCAAUACUGAACAUUUCAAGUCAAAGGUGUAUAAACUGACUGGGAUUAAUCCAAGAAAAAUAUUACAGUCUGAGGCUAAGAAAAAGAAAAAUGAAGAGAAAGAUAAAAAGGAAAGUGAGCAAAGAGAAGUUUCAGUGAUUAUAGAUGAAAAUGAGGAAAUGGUGUCACCAGUUGAGCCUGACAUACAAUCUCCAACCCGAAGUACUUUACAGCAACGCUCCACUCCUAUCAAACAUGUGGUUAGCGACGACUGGAUAGUUGGUCAUGAAUUUGAAGAAUUCGCCCCUGGACACAAAGUUCCUUUAUCGAGGCAAAACACUUUCACCAGUGAUGCAGAAGAUGAUCCUGAAAGGAAUAAUGAAUUAACCACAGAUUCACGCCCAGAAGAAAGCAUCCACACGAUCAUCAUUGACUUUUCUUCAAUCAACUUUAUAGACUCCACAGGUUUAACUGGGUUACGCCAACUGUUUAAUGAAUAUCACAAACUUGGAAUACAGAUCUUUUUUGCACAGUGUAAAAAGCGUGUUCGUGAUUAUCUUGCAAAAGCAGACUUUUUUGAGCAUAUUGCAUGUAAAGUAGACUGUUGUUUAUUUGUGACAAUUCAUGAUGCUGUUCUGAAUGCAGUAGAUGUCAACACUUAUGCCAAUGCAGAUGAGGUGUUAAUCCACAAUAGUUCAAGGGGUUCAUUCAGAGCACAUAUCCAUGCCAUUGUGGGAAAUCAGAGUCAAAGUCUCUCACCAUUGAUAACACCACGGUUGACACCAGAUCUUCGGAGAAACUCAAGUAUUACCCAUGAUGACAAUAUUUCUAUUACUAUACAUGAAACUCACAUGUAG